UGUCAUGUCAUUCAGGUCUAAGAGCAAAGAAACCAUGACAUUACUCAGUGCUGUGCUCAGUUUUUCUUUAACAUUGGCUGUUGUUCAAACACAGCCUGUUAUGGACAAGUCCUACAUUGCUGCUGUCUAUGAGCAUAAAUUAAUCCCGAACCCAGAGCCUCGUGUCCCACUGUCCCGGUCUGCUGCCCUUCAGCACAUGCAGAAAAACCUGGACAUCUUUGAGGAGCAGGCUGCCAAGGCCGCUGAGCAGGGUGUCCAAAUCCUGGUGUUUCCAGAGGAUGGCAUUCACGGUUUCAACUUCACCCGUUCAUCCAUCUACAACUACCUGGAGACCAUUCCUGACCCCCAGCAAGAGCGCUGGAACCCCUGCACAGAGUCUGAAAAAUACAACAACACUGAGGUUCUCCAGAGGUUGAGCUGUAUGGCCCGUCGUAACAACCUCUACCUGGUGGCCAACAUGCCUGACCUGCAGCCCUGUCCUUUGAGCACCGACCCCUCCUCUACCUGUCCCUCUGAUGGACGCUGGCAGUUCAACACCAACGUGGUUUUCAGAUCAGAUGGCCUCCUGGUGGCACGCUACCAUAAAUACAACCUUUUCUAUGAGGACUCCUUCGACACACCACCGCAGCCUGAGAUCAUCACAUUUGACACGCCUUUCGCUGGGAAGUUUGGCCUCAUUAUAUGCUUUGACAUCCUCUUCCACAAUCCUACAAUCACCCUGGUGGAGAAGGGUGUGCGGCAGCUGAUCUUUCCCACAGCCUGGUUUAACUCACCCCCUAUCCUCCACUCGGUCCAAUACCAUCAAUCAUUAAGCAGGAUCACAAAUGUCACCCUCCUAUCUGCCAACCUUCGUAAUGACAGACUUGACAUGGGAGGAAGUGGUAUCUACACACCUUUGUUUUCUACCUACCACUACGCAUGGAGAGGGGAGCCAGAGGAGGGCAAGCUGCUGGUGGCCAGGGUGCCGGUGUUAGACCCUGAGUGGUUGGGACAGAGGGAAACCACACAGGAAAGGAUGACUGAGUCUACAUCAUCUCCGGCUGCAGAGUCUGGAUUCUGUCAGACAGGCAGCUGCUCUGAUGCUUCCUCAGUCCCUCCAUCCUCCAACACUUUCACAACAACCAUAAUCUUUGACCCAUUCACAUUUGUCCUCUUAAAUGAGAUGGAGGGUGAAGCUAAUGUGUGCAAUGGCUCCUUUUGUUGCCACCUGCAGUACAAACGUUUUCCACAUGGUGACAGCAAUGGGCUCUAUGCACUGGGAGCAUUUGCUGGAUGGCAUAGCGGGGGGAGACACUUCGCCCUGCAGAUUUGUGCACUCGUCCGUUGUGCAGGGUCAGACGCCAGCUCCUGUGGACAGAAAGUAGAAGAAGCAGAGUCGCAAAUGGACUUCCUGUUGGAGGGGAAAUUUGGGACCAAAUAUGUGUAUCCAUCAGUUUUGGCUAGCAGGUUUGUUGUGGAGGAUCCAGAGCAUUUUGAAAUAGCUGCAGAUGGAAGAGUGAGCAUGAAGCACUCCAACAUGACUGGUGGACUACUUUCUGCAAGUCUGUAUGGACGGCUUUAUCAUCUGGACAAGGACUGAAUUAUAUCGAAAUGCUGCUUAAGAAACAGCACAUUUUCUGACCAGGACCGUCACACAGUGUAAUUAAUAGAUAAAUUCCUGCAUUUAUUGUGUAAUUUCUUUCAAACAUUUUACCAAAAACAGCUCUUCUGGCAAGUUAAUGGCAAAAAAGCCAUUAGUCAUCAAUGUCUCUCUGCCCAUGGCACAAAUUCACUGGGGAUGACAGUGACAAAAAUUAACAUAAUGUAACAUUUUGUCUUAUGAAAAUGUAAAGAAAAAGUGGAUGGAUUUAUGAAUGAAAAUUCAACCUGCAAAAGUUUGUUUUGUAAUAGGAACUCCUGAGUGUAGUCACACCUGCUGCCUACUGCUUUAUUAACUUAAAGGGAUACUUUGAAAUUUUUACAGUAGAGUUUUUUAAGGUACUUGGCUUUAGUAGUCGUGGCAUUAUCCUCCAGUGCAGUGGUGUCUGCUCUGACAUUGUCAAACAGAUGUACAUAUUGCUGCCAUUGGGCCUAAACCUUGUACUACCAAAAUCGCCCCUUUUCAGGGAAUGAAGAGAAAACCUGUAUCUUUCAAUUCAUUUAACACUGAAUAGUAACAGAAUUUUUUCUGAAACAAUGCAUGCUUUAAAUUUGAUUUUUUUGAAAUAAAGAAGAUCUGUUAAAUUU